AUGGCACUGCAAUAUUGUUCAUCCUCAAGUUGGAGAUGCAAGUUUUCCAUAUUUACAAUAGGAGUUUCCUUGUGCCUCCUUGUGCUCUUGAAUAAUUCAAGUUAUUCAUCUGCUCGUUUAUGGUUGAACAGAACCAAAAGAGUGAGAAACCUCUUUAAGAAUGGACUUGGCCAGACACCCCCAAUGGGGUGGAAUAGCUGGAAUCAUUUUGGCUGUCAUAUUAACGAAGACUUGAUUAAAGAAACAGCUGAUGCUAUGGUGUCAACGGGCCUUGCUGCUCUAGGUUAUCAAUAUAUUAAUAUAGAUGAUUGCUGGGGGGAACUUAACCGAGACUCACAGGGCUAUUUGGUUGCAAAAGCUUCAACAUUUCCUUCAGGAAUUAAGGCUCUAGCUGAUUAUGUUCAUAGCAAAGGUUUAAAGUUGGGGAUCUAUUCUGAUGCUGGAAAUCAAACAUGUACCAAAACUAUGCCUGGAUCAUUAGGACAUGAAGACCAAGAUGCAAAAACAUUUGCUUCCUGGGGAGUUGAUUACUUGAAGUAUGAUAAUUGUAACAACAAUAAUAUAAGCCCCAAAGAAAGGUACCCACCAAUGAGUGAAGCUUUAUUAAACUCUGGAAGACCAAUCUUCUUUUCUUUGUGUGAAUGGGGAUCGGAAGACCCAGCUACUUGGGCCAAAAGUGUGGGAAAUAGUUGGAGAACAACAGGAGAUAUAAAAGAUAACUGGAAUAGUAUGAUAUCUCGUGCAAAUAAAAAUGAUAAAUGGGCUUCUUAUGCUGGACCUGGUGGAUGGAAUGAUCCUGAUAUGCUGGAAGUUGGAAAUGGAGGCAUGACAACAGAAGAAUAUCGUGCCCAUUUCAGCAUAUGGGCAUUAGCUAAGGCUCCUUUAUUGAUUGGUUGUGACAUUCGAACACUUGAUGCCACCACAAAGGAACUGCUAAGCAAUUCAGAAGUUAUAGCAGUAAACCAAGACAAACUAGGAGUUCAAGGAAAGAAGGUGAAAAGUAAUAAUGAUUUGGAGGUUUGGGCAGGUCCUCUCAGUGACAACAAACUAGCAGUGAUUUUAUGGAAUAGAAGUUCAUCCAAAGCAACGGUAACUGCAUCCUGGUCUGACAUAGGCCUUGAAACAGGAACUUUGGUUGAUGCAAGAGAUUUAUGGGAGCAUUCAACACAAUCACCAGUUUCAGGAGAAAUCUCUGUUGAAUUAGAUUCACAUGCUUGUAAGAUGUAUGUCUUGUCUCCCCACCAGAAGGUUCAUUAUUGGUAUCAAUUGAAGUUGAAGUCUCAUUCCCAGAAUCUUGGUUGAUCCAUAUAAAUGGAGCAACAUUCCGAGGAACCCAAUCAUCCUUUUCGGCUAGCAUCCAUGGAAUGCAUAUGUUUUCACAAUUUGGGAGCACUAAAGUG